GUGUGAGAGUUGUCGCACAAAGCUGCGAUCGUACCGCGGCCUCCUGACUCACCUGCACACCUGCUCCAAAGUGCCACGGGGCAAAGCAAAGCCGACUGAACCGGCGGUCCCGCUGCCCAACCCAAACGAGACCCCCAUGGACGUGGACCAGAAGCCCCCACAGCUGGACUCCGUGUCUACACCCCAGCAGCCACCUUCUCAAAUCCCAAACCCAGACGGCUCCUUCCCUGCUGCUGUUCUUCAGACAGACUCUGCUGCCCCACCUGUCCUCGGCCCCCCCUUCUCCUCUAAUCCCGAGACCGCCCCUCCCCAGCUUGGUCCACCGCAACUCACAGACGCGGCUCCACAACCUCAGAUCAAGACCGAAGUCCCUAAUCUGCCCCUGCCUUCAAACCUGGACGUCCUGGCGGCAGCCCCCGAGCCCCCUGAGGCCCAGAGUCAGCAGCACCUGACGCAGACCAGGUCUCCUGAGCCCCUCCCACCUGCUCCAGGAUCGGCUCCUCGCUCUCCUCCUGUGACCUCCGCAGUCUGGAAGAAGAAUCAAGGUGAGCCUCUCACAUAUAAUUUGGUCUUUUUUCCUGUAAAUAACAAUAUUUGUAAGUUAUUUUUCUCUCUUAUAUUUGCACCGAUGCCUUUAUCACGAAGUUUAUCUGACAAAAUGUCCAAACUGUCAAAGGAAAUGAAGUUUCCUGUGAAGCAGCAGUGAUGUUUGGACGUCAUCAGUCACAUUGU